AUGGCGCUACGAGUAAGGGACGAUUUGACUUUAGAUGACCCAGAUAAUGCAGAAGCAUGGAUUAGAUGCUUUUCAGCUUCCGCACGUUCAAAGAAAUUAAAAGAUGAGAUAAACGGUAGCUACGAGAUAACAGAUUUAUUUAUGGCAAAAGCAGGGAUUGAAGCAGUUGAAAAGAUUUCUUUUAUGGUAUAUCCAGAAGAAUUAGAAAAUAUGAUGUUUGAUGAUAUUAAAACUGUUGUUAUGUCCCAUUUGAGACCUCAAAAACGACUAAUUAUUGCUGAAAGAGUUCGAUUUUUAGCAUUAAAACAGCAAAACAAUGAAAACAUCGUAUCAUAUGCACAAAGAUUACGCGAAGCUUCACGCUUUUGCAACUUCGAAAAAUUGGGAAAAGAUGGCCAAAGUGCGGAAGAUGAUUUGAUUCAAAUGAGAUUGAUUGAUGGUCUCCAAUCUUCUGAUCAGAGAGUGAAAGCUCUAGAAAUGAUACAGAGUGGAGAAUCGCCUAAACUAGGAGCAUGUAUUGACUUUAUCAGGCAACUGGAGCAAAUAUCCUGUUUUAGUAUACAAAACAACAUCGAAAACAGCAUAGACCUUCCUUCAGUUAAUUACAUUGAUAAAAAUAAAGAAAGAAUGAUUAAAUGCAAGUAUUGUGGCCUUCAACACCCACCUAGGAAAUGCCCAGCAUUUGGAAAGAGUUGUAAAAAAUGUGGAAAGUUGAACCACUUUAAAAACGUAUGCAAAGCAAACACUAAAUAUGAAAAAAUAGUAGAGGAAAUAGAGAACGAUGAUGCUAGUGUGUAUUCCAGUAACAUGAAUGAUACAAACUCAGAGAUUAGUGUAAAAAUUAAUGACUACAAUAUAAAAAUGCAAGUUGACACCGGAAGUCAAGUCACAAUUAUUCGAAAAUAUUUUUGGGAACCAAUGUCUAAACCGAAAUUACAAAAAUGCUACCUUCGCAUGAAACAGUUUGAUGGCACAGUUAUAAAAGUCCUAGGCGAAUUUGAGGCAACUUUGGAAACCGAAUCAAAAAUGAAUAUCGUACGAAUUAUUGUUGCAGACUGUACAAAAAAUCAUGGUCUAUUCGGUAUGGAUGUAUUAAAUAUCAACGCCACAAAAUUAGUAAAUAGUAUAGAACCUCUUGUUCAUGGGCGUUUAAUUAAUUACAAAGCAAAUAUUCUGUUGAAAAACGGCGUACAACCAACUUAUUUUGAAGCUCGACCUCUUCCUAUCCAUAUAAGACCACUAGUGGUAGAUAAACUUAAUGGAAUGAUACAGCAAGGGUUGCUUCAAAGGGUUCCUCCUGGUGGAAGCAGAUGGGCUUCACCGCUUGUGGUUGUUAGAAAAACAGACGGAGAUUUACGCAUUUGUGCGGAUUACAAAAUAGGUGUUAACCAAAAAAUAUGCUCAGACUCAUAUCCCAUCCCAAACAUUGAGACCGUAUUUCAUAAAAUGGCAGGGAUAAAAUAUUUUGCUAAAAUUGAUCUCAAGGGAGCUUAUCAUCAAAUUGAGAUGGACAAAGAGGCACAAGAAAUAACAACAGUUAAUACCCCUAUUGGAUUAUUAAGAUGGACCUGUUUACCUUUCGGAAUUAAGACUGCAAGUGUGAUAUUUCAAAGAGCGAUAGAAUCUGUUGUUGGCGAUAUUAUUCCCAAUAUGAUUAUAUUUCAAGACGAUAUAUGUGUCGGUGCUAAAAAUGCUGAAGAACUCAAAUCGAAUUUAAACAAAAUAUUGAGCAAAUUGAAGGAAUCGGGAAUGAGCAUAAAUAAACGAAAGUCAGUGAAUGAAACAAAAAGUCUUUCAUAUUUAGGAUAUGAACUGUCAGAAAAAGGAGUUACCCCAGAUCGUAAUUUAGUCAGCAAAAUACUUGGAAUAAGUCCUCCUAAUAAUAAAAAGGAACUCGAGUCAUUUAUAGGAUUAAUAAACUUUUAUGGUCGACACAUUGAUAAAUAUGCUGAAAAAUUUUUACCUUUAAACAAUUUAAGAAAGAAAGGAGUUACAUUCGAAUGGAGGAAGGAGCAUCAACAGGCAUUUGAAUUGCUAAAAAGAAACCUUUGUGAAGAACCCGUAGUGAAGGUUUAUGACAUCAACCAAGAUCUAGAGUUAACAACAGAUGCUAGCGAGAAAGCUAUAUCUGGAAUACUUUCACAGAAUGGCCAUCCGGUAUUGUAUCUCUCACGAACUUUAUCGCACGCUGAGACAAGAUAUUCUAAUAUUGAGAGAGAAGCUUUAGCUAUUGUAUGGUCUGCUCACAGAGAUAGGCAUUUUCUGUUGGGUAGAAAAUUCAAAUUAAUAUCAGAUCACAGGCCAUUAGAAUUUAUAUUUGAUAGUAACAAAGAAUUGCCCAAAGUCACAUCCGCUAGAAUUUUAAGAUGA